AUGAGACAAGUGACUCAGCCUAAUGCCAUAGGUUUCAGUAAGAGUGAUAGCAAGGUUUCAGUGGCCCUAUCGGUGGACUCUGCUGGAAAAGAGAAAUGGUCACAAAUCAUCGGUAGGCGCUCUAAAAACAAGGCUUCGGCGAUAUCCACGCCAAAGAAGGAGACAGAUGUCUCUCUGUCUCGGUCAGUGAGGAGGGCUCCACCGCUUAGGAGAGCCCCUCGAAUCGCGGCAGUCCAGAUUAGUUGUCGUGGUGAUUUCACCCAUGUCCAGGCGAUGAGCCUGGCUAAGCAGAAGAUAGACCUCGGAGCCCUAGGGAUCGAGGACAUUCGUCCCAGAAAGGCCCGUACUGGAGUCUUGCUAUUGGAGAUCCCGGGGACUGAUGGAACGAGGAAGGCGAACAUCUUGGCCAACCAAAUGCGGGAUGUCCUCAGGGAGCACGAGGAUGUCCUGAUUACCAGGCCGGAGAAGACCGCUGACGUAAGACUCCGAGAUAUCGAGGAAUCGGUUUCGAAGGAGGAGAUUGGACAAAGGAUUGCCUCUUUGAGAGGCUGUAACUUAGGAAGCAUUAAGGUAGGUGAAAUCUCCCCCUCUUUUAAUGGGAUGGGGUUUGCAUUGAUCCGUUGUCCGGUGUUGGCUGCCAAUAAGAUUGCGAAGGAGAGGCGCAUUAGAAUAGGCUGA